UCAUAAACUUUUUUUCCACAAUUCCCAUUUCCUUUCCCGUCUCCUUCUCCUAAACCGACAUUCCCUUUCCCCAUUUCCCUUCCUUCUCCUUCCUUCUCAUUCCGUCACUAUUCAUCAUAAUUUUCAAACCCUUCUUUGCAUCCUCAAGACCUUCGAAACCCAUGCUCUUAUCCCGCCGUCCCUUGUCUUUGAUUUUCGAAGAAAUUGGGUUCUUCUUCCUCUGAAUUUCGAAAGGCUGUGUGAAAUCAAAGUAGCAUCGAAAUCCUUUCCCCUUGUCUCUGAUUUCUGCCGAGUUAGGGGAGAAGCAGUGAGCUUCAAUCUCCUGAUUAAACAUCCAAUUCAAACCGUGAAUCAAGCAUUAAGUCCGUUUUCCUCCUUGUUUCUGGUAGCUGAACAGAAGGAGAUGACGUCAUCGAAGAACCCUUCUAGUUGAUAGCUGGAUUCGUUACUUUGAAGCGACAUUGUCGCCUGAUUACAGAUUGGAACCGGUCGGGAACGAUGGGUUAGCGGUGUUGAAUAGCGUUCCAAGGAUGUAUAUUAAGCUGAGCACGUAGGAAUUACUGUUAAAGAAGAAGAUGUCUUGUAACAUAUCAUCUUCUGCAUUUCUUAUAUCGUCAGACUUGUUUGGAGCUUGAAAGAAUAAGCCCACCUCAUUAUCAUGGUCUUCUUCAUUUCCUCAAUUCAAUCUUUCUGUCAAUUCCAAAACUAAUUUGUCAAAUUCUACACCCAAACAGGAAUUACUGUUAAAGAAGAAGAUGGCUUGUAGCAUAUCAUCUUCUGCAUUUCUUAUAUCGUCAGACUUGUUUGGAGCUCGAAAGAAUAAGCCCACCUCAUUAUCAUGUUCUUCAUUUCGUCAAUUCAAUCUUUCUCUCAAUUUUAAAACUAAUUUGUCAAAUUCUACACCCAAACAGGAAUUACUGUUAAAGAAGAAGAUGGCUUGUAGCAUAUCAUCUUCUGCAUUUCUUAUAUCGUCAGACUUGUUUGGAGCUCGAAAGAAUAAGCCCACCUCAUUAUCAUGUUCUUCAUUUCGUCAAUUCAAUCUUUCUCUCAAUUUUAAAACUAAUUUGUCAAAUUCUACACCCAAACAGGAUUUUGUUGUUCAAGCAGCUUGGACUCGGUUAUCUCGAGGAGAACCAAGGAAAACCGGUAGGAAAUCAUGGAAGCAACGGACUGAUAUGUUCAUGAGACCUUUUCUGCUAAAUGUAUUCUUCUCGAAGCGAUUUAUUCAUGCCAAAGUGAUGCACCGUGGAACCAGCAAAGUGAUAUCUGUUGCAACCACGAAUGCUAAGGAUUUAAGAACUACCUUGACAUCCCUUACUGAUAAUAAUGCAUGCAGAGUGGUAGGUAAGCUCAUUGCUGAGAGAUCAAAAGAAGCUGAUGUAUAUGCCCUGGCCUAUGAGCCUCGGAAAGAUGAGCGCAUUGAGGGAAAGCUUGGCAUCGUCCUUGAUGCCAUUAGAGAAAAUGGAAUCAUAUUUGUAGAUUAAUCUCAUAUUUUUGUGUUAUGGUGAAGAUUGUGUAGAGUGAAAUUGUGAUUUUACUAUUUAGUGCUGGAUUGCUUAAGCUACUUUCAUGCUUAGUUCAAACUCUUACAAUAUUCCAUUUUAGAGGAUAUACCCAUGCCUCCUUCAUUUUCGAAAAAUCAAAAGAACUACUCAUGGUUGCACCAAAAGUCGCUUUGUUUAGAUUCAAUUAAGAUUGCAGAAUGUAGGCUCGAAACUUUGGAUGCUUGUAUAAAUUAUUUCAAAAACAUAGAA